AUGCUAGAGAUUGACCUUAGUAAGAUAGGGGACAGAAAGAAUCGGCUGACCAGUAGAUGGAAGGGGUCUACCGUGGGAAGCAACGAGACACAGCUGAGACGAAUCAGGAACCAGAAUAUAAGUGGCCCGGAGGCAGUGAACAGGGCGGAAGCCAACGCUGUCUAUAAAAACAAUGGUCUUCCACAAAGAGUAGGACUUGAUCAUGGAACCGAAAACACCCACGUUGCUGUAAUGCAAAAGUUUCUGCGCGAAUUGAAUGAGGAUAGCACAGAAUGUGUCACUCUUGGCCCAAGCAUUGGGAAUCGGAGAAUUGAACGCUGGUGGGCUACACUAAGAGCACAGUGUAGUCUGUUUUGGAUGGACCAUUUUGGACAGCUGAGAGAAGAUGGGCAUUUUGUUGACACCUUCAUCGACAAAUCACUCAUUCAGUUUUGCUUCCAAAACACCAUACAGGAGGAGCUCAAUGAAGUGCUGACUGCCUGGAAUAAUCACAGAAUAAGGCCAGCCCACAACCCUCGCGCUUCCAGUGGACGACCUUCAGUGAUGUAUGCUGCCCCCAGUUUAAAUGGCGCACAGAACUACUUGCAGGCAGUUGACCAAAUCAAAGUCGAUAUCUGUCGAGAAGACUGUUGUGUAAAGGACUACCCCUGUGAUGAGGAUGUCUAUAAUCUUUGUGUUGAACUGAUGUCUGAACACAACUUUGCAAUGCCAGAUGAUGUGUUUGAAAUCACUGACCUUUACUAA